AUGAUGGUGCCACUAAUGGUGACACCAAUGGGUCCAUUGAUGGUGACACCGGUGAUGGUGGCAGUGAUGGUAACAGUGGUGGUGACAUUCCUCUGCCUGAAGAACAUCCGGACCUUCCUGGCCGCCUGUGCGGACAAGUUCGGSCUCCGCAAGCACCAGCUCUUCGGCGCCUUCGACCUCUUCGACGUGCAGGAUUUCGGCAAGGUGAUAGACACCCUCUCAACGCUCUCAUGGACGCCCAUUGCCCAGAGCAAAGGCUUCACGCCCUUCCCGGCCGAGGACAGCGUUGGGGACGACGACGUCUACAGCGGCCUCUCCGACGUCAUCGAUGACACGGCGGAGGAGGACGACGACCUCUACGACUGCGUGGAGGCCGAAGGCGCCGACGGUGACGACAUCUACGAGGACAUCAUGCGCACGGAGGCGCCCGGGCCGCACAAGGCGCCCGGGGUGGACAAGCAGCUCUGCUGCCUCCAGGAGAUCUGGCAGACGGAGGAGAAGUACACGGAGACGCUGGAGUCCAUCUGCCAGCACUUCCUCCGGCCUCUCCGGCGCUUCCUGCAGCCCCAGGACCUGGAGAGCAUCUUCAUCAACAUCGAGGUGCCCCCCAGUGCUCCCACCCGGGUGGACAUUGGGGCUCCCGGUGGCCGUUUCGGGGCCAUCCUGGGCCGUUUUGGGGCCGUUUCCUGCAGGUUCCUGCUCUACGGCCGCUACUGCAGCCAGGUGGAAGCCGCCUCGCGCCGCCUCGACCAGCUGGCGACCGCCACCGACCUGCGCAUGAAGCUGCAGGAGUGCUCCCAACGGGCCAACAACGGGCGCUUCUCCCUGCGGGACCUGCUCAUGGUGCCCAUGCAACGAGUGCUCAAGUACCACCUGCUGCUCCAGGAGCUGGUGAAGCACACGCCAGAGCCCAUGGAGAGGGAGAACCUGCGGGUCGCGUUGGAUGCCAUGAGGGACCUGGCGCAGUGCGUGAACGAGGUGAAGCGCGACAACGAGACGCUGAAGCAGAUCACGAACUUCCAGCUGAGCAUCGAGAACAUGCCCCAGUCACUGGCCCAUUUUGGCCGCCCCAAGAUCGACGGGGAGCUCAAGGUCUCCAGCGCUGAGCGUCGAACCAAGGCUGACCGGUACGGGUUCCUGCUGGACAAGGCCCUCAUCAUCUGCAAGCGCCGGGGGGACUCGUUUGAGGCCAAGGACAUCGUGGACCUGCACAGCCACCAACUGCGGGACGGUGGGCUGGGCCCCCGCGAUGGCAAGAAGUGGACCCACACCUUCCUGCUGAUCGACACAGCUGGGCCCCAGGGCUACGAGCUCUUCUUCAAGACCCAGGAGCUGAAGAAGAAGUGGAUGGAGCAGUUCGAGAUGGCCCUCUCCAACAUCUUCCCCGAGCAYGCCCUGGCCGAUGGGCACGAGUUCCAGAUGUUCUCCUUUGAGGAUACCACGUCCUGCAAGGCCUGCCAGAUGUUGCUGCGGGGCACCUUCUACCAGGGCUAUCGGUGCAGCCGGUGCCGGACCCCGGCCCACAAGGAGUGUCUGGGGCGUGUGGGGCCUUGCGGCAAGAGCGGCCAUGAUUUGGCUGCAGCCAGAAAGAACAAGCUGCAGAGGCUGGGCCCUGAGAAGAAGAAGAGCGACCUGGGACUGCCCAAGAUGGAGGCAAGCCAGCCCUAUAGCGGCAUCCCCCCGCCGCCGGGGAACAUGGGGCCACCGUUGCGCCUCAGCCCUGGGGACAUCGUGGAGGUGAUGAAGGCGGAGGCCGAGCAGUUCUGGUGGCAGGGCAGGAACGCGGCCACCGGCGAGUCCGGCUGGUUCCCCUGCUCGGUCGUCCGGCCCUACAUCUGCAUGCCGCUCCCGGAUCUCUCUGUCUACCUCUGGUACGCGGGCCCCAUGGAGCGUGGGGAGGCCGAGCAGCUGCUGACGCCCCGCUCGGACGGCACCUUCCUGGUGCGGCAGCGGGUGAAGGACGCCGGCGAGUUCGCCAUCAGCAUCAAGUACCGGGCYGAGAUCAAGCACAUCAAGGUGAUGACGGCUGAGGGGCUCUACCGCAUCACGGAGAAGAAGGCCUUCAAGGGGCUGGUGGAGCUGGUGGAGUUCUACCAGCGCAACUCGCUCAAGGACUGCUUCAAAGCCCUUGACACAGUGCUGCAGUUCCCCUUCAAGGAGCCRGAGCACCGGGUCAGCCCGCGGCCACCGGGCGCCGUGCGCUACUUCGGCUCGGCCAAGGUCCGCUACGACUUCUGCGCGCGGGACCGCACGGAGYUGACGCUCAAGGAGGGCGACGUGAUCCGCAUCCUCAGCAAGAAGGGCCACCCGGGCUGGUGGAAAGGGGAGAUCUACGGGCGGGUGGGCUGGUUCCCGGCGAACUACGUGGAGGAGGAUUACUCGGAGUACUGCUGACCUCGCCUCGGAGCAUCCCGGGUUUCGGGGUGCGGGAAGGCGGCGCCGAGGCCCCCCCAGUGGCCAUGCCCACCGGAGA